AAAUAGUCACUCGCGGUGGCAGCCGGAGCAGAGACGUGAACAGACGUCAACGGACGACACCGCGAGGCGAGGCACGACCAGACGAGACCGGACGAGACGUCCUGUGUGCGGAGCCGAGCGGAAUCCGCAUCCGCAUCUCGCGACGACGACAACACGUCCGCGCGCUCUCUCUCUCGCCGGGUAGAGCCUCGUUACGGAGGAGAGACACAGGUGCGCGCGACGCUCGCCGUCGUCCCCGUCCGGAACGCGUACCCUCGCCGCUGCCGCUCGGAAUAUUCCUCACCGAUGAGCGAGCGACCGAGGCGCGAUCGCUCUUCGACGGUGGCUGCCGCGCGGCCGCCGCUGCGGCGAGACAGGCCGCCUAGCUUUUGAAUCCUCCCGGAGGACACCACGCGAGGAAUGACGCUGGAAAAUCCGUUCUUUGUCGUCAAGGACGAGGUGUGCAAGGCGCUGAAUAAGAACCGCGGCUUGUACGGACGUUGGAACGAGUUGCAAGAUGUCGCGAUCGCGUCGCCGAACACACCGGUGAGCGGCGGAAUUUCCGCGGCAGCCGCCGCCGCUGCGCCGAUCUCGCGAGACGAGCUCGACUGGACCACUACGGAGCUGCGGAAAGCGCUGCGCUCCAUCGAGUGGGAUCUCGACGACCUGGAGGACACUAUCUGUAUCGUUGAGAAGAACCCGACGAAAUUUAAGAUCGACAACAAAGAGUUGACGGUUCAACGGAGCUUCAUCGAGCAGGCGCGUGAGGAAGUCAAAAUCAUGAAGGAUAAGCUAAACCUAAGCAGAGGCCGGGACCGCGACAGCACAGCAAGACAGCCGCUUUUGGAUAAUAGUCCGGCACGAAUGCCCACAAAUCAUGGUACUACAAAGUACAGCAAGCUGGAGAAUGAAAUCGACAGUCCUAAUAGGCAGUUUCUCAGUGACACAAUGCAGCAGCAGAAUACCAUGAUAAGACAACAAGACGAGCAGCUGGAUAUGAUUGGCGAGACUGUCGGUACCUUGAAAACAGUAUCCAGGCAAAUCAAUACUGAACUGGAUGAGCAAGCUGUAAUGCUAGAUGAAUUCGGAAACGAGCUAGAGGCUACAGAUUCCAAACUGGAUGCGACGAUGAAGAAGAUGGCGAAGGUGCUUCACAUGAGUAAUGGUAACUAUAACAAUUAUAUUCCCGCCCCUACCACCGCGUCGUCCAGCGUUUCCGACCUGACCGCUGACAAACCUUCCUCAUUUUCCUCUUUAUCCACCACGAUAACCAACUGUUUUCUGUGUUCUAGCGAUUAAUUGAUUGUGCGUUCCUAUAAUUGUUUAAUUAAACAGUCAUGGAAGGGGAUCAUAAGAUCCAUCUUCCUCUUGUGUAUCUCGAGCACGCUUUUUAUUUUAUUCUGAUGUUUGCAUUCUUUUCAAAUUUCCGUGACAUCAAAAGCACAAAAUUCGGAAUGUUAAAUAAAUACAUUUCAGAUGUUUAAUUAGACGCGGAUGGGUAAUAUUUUGCGGCUCGUAGAAAUCGCAUAGUAAAUUGAUAUAUUACAUCUAAGACCUAAUUAUAUUAGUCCCUAUCGCUGCUUCGUAAGAUGAUAAUAGUUUGUUACGUGUAAUUAAUUAACAAAGAUAUCGAAAUAUCUUCGUUUGAGGAGUGCGAAUUUUGUCGCGUUAUUUAGUGUCGAAAGCAGGGCGGACCAGUUAGAUCUCAAAGGGAGUACUCUUAUAUUAAAGUUAGUCAACAAUUUGACCGACAAGAAGAAUUGAACGUAUUAAACAUACGCAAUAUGUGACUGAAAAAUAUGUCCACCGGCGAACGAAGGUUUAGAUUUCAAUUUUGAUUGGGAUUUUUAUCUGUGGUGUAUUCUUCAGUCGCAUAUAUACGUAUGUGACUGAAACGAAUCGGAGAUUAGUAGCGUUUUUGACUAAAGCAAAAUUUGAUCACCCUGAGAACGAAUUUACAGAAUUAUCGAUCGUUCUCAGAGCGAUUGAAUGGCACCUCAAUUGGGAACGCUAUCAGAUUAGAGUUUGAAUUCUCGCGAAGAUAUAUAUAUACAUAUAUAUAUAUAUAUUUUUAUUCUGUGGCACGGCUACAGAGUCGCGCGUACGUACGCGACGGAGAAAUAAGUCGCGGGCGAAAACUUUAAAAUGGGAUUUUGAAUUUUUGUGAAUACAUGGGUCAAGAGUUUCACAGUCAUUUGCGAAUUGACCCGCGAAGUUGCACGCGUUAAUCUUCUAACUUUACAAAAGAUUGACAACAAGUAUAUCAUUGAUGUUGAGUAGUUUACGUUAACUUAAGUUAAACAAUUUAACGAAAUGCAUUAUUUUAACUAGAAUUAGAAUAACUGAAAUUAUACUGUAAGAUUUUAAAGACACGCGGUAACGUUGAAAAAGCUUCAGGAUAUGUAUGGAAAACUUACUAAAUGAAGGGAGACACAUAUGAUAGUUUAAUAAAAAGAGAAUAUUGAAAAUAACAAUUAUAUAUUUUUCCUCAUUGAAGAGAACGACAAUUCGUGCACAAAAAAGUCGAGAGAAUAUGUCUGUGCGAAUAGAGAGAGAGAAGCGUAUAGAUUGCACUGACUACAUGUAACCGAACUCGAAAACGUAGUUUAUUGUUAUCUCUCUUUCGUCUCGACGACCAAUUGUGAAAAAAGGAAGGAAGAAAAGAGAGUAUUGACAAAUAAAAGCUGAGAACCGAUUUAUAUUGUCAACUGUAAACGAUUAUAAAUACUCCUACUCCUCGCUAUAUUUCUUAUUGUACGCAUUAUAAUUGUAAUUGUAUUAAGAUUAUAAUUAAUAUUCUGUAUCAUACAUUUUUUUAUAUAAGUUCAACGUGUUGCUGUUUCCGCAAUGUUUUUGCCAAGUUCCCCAAAUGACAAAUAUAGAAGAGAAUGUCAAAUAAAUCAAUUAGACUUGCCACUUUGCUAGAGGUCGAAGGGCAGAGUUAAAGUAGACGAGUAUUAACGAUUAUUGUUGCACACGACGAGCGUUUACGAAAGAGCCUAAUAUCGUAACUUUAAUCCCAAUUUCGAAUCUCUCGUUCAUAAGUGAGACGCAUGUGAUGUUACUUUCCGUUUGUUUUAGAUCGAAGACAAUGGGUAGCCAUUGGAGUGUUGACCGCUA